GUGUAAUCAGCUGUUUUUUGUAGCUGUUCACUGUUGUGUGUGCCUAAAAACAUAAACAAUUUUUUAUUAUUUUAAAAAGAAAAAGAGAUAAAUAUCUUGAUUUUAUUGUGUUUAUUAUUUAUUGAUAAUAAAAAAUGAGUAAUAUUUAUAUUCAAGAACCUCCAACAUCUGGAAAGGUAUUACUAAAAACAUCAGUUGGUGAUUUAGAAAUAGAAUUAUGGACAAAAGAAGCACCAAAAGCAUGCAGAAAUUUUAUACAAUUAUGUAUGGAAGGAUAUUACAAUGGAACAAUAUUUCAUCGUGUUGUCAAAGGUUUUAUUUGUCAAGGAGGUGAUCCAACUGGUACUGGUCAAGGUGGUGAAAGUAUAUAUGGUCAACCUUUCAAGGAUGAAAUUCAUACGAGGUUACGAUUUUGUCGUCGUGGAUUAUUGGCAAUGGCUAAUGCUGGAAAAGAUGAUAAUUCAUCACAAUUUUUUUUUACAUUUUCUGCAACACCAGAAUUACAAAAUAAACAUACAAUAUUUGGUAAAGUUGCUGGUGAAACAAUAUAUAACAUGUUAAAAUUGGAGGAUGCUAUUGUUGAUGCUAAUGAAAGACCAACUUAUCCACAAAAAAUUAUAAAAACUGAAAUAUUAUUAAAUCCAUUUAUGGAUAUUGUUCCACGUUUUGAUCCAUCAAUUAAAAAUAAACUUGAUGAUGAUGAUGAUAAUGAUAAAAAGAAAAAAAAUAAAAAAGUUGGUGUUAAAAAUUUUAAACUUUUAUCAUUUGGUGAAGAGGCAGAAGAGGACGAAGAAGAAUCUGUUGAAUUGAGUAAAAAAUAUAUUGGUAAAGGAAAAUCAGCUCAUGACAGUUUAUCUGAUCCCAAGUUGAGUUCAGUCUUGGCAAUUGAAGUUUCCGGUGAUUUGUCUUGUAAAAAAAGAAAAAGAGAUGAAAUACAACAAGAUAAACAUUCAAAUGAUGAUGAUGAUGAUGAUGAUAAAGAAGAAUGUGUCAAGAAAGCAUCAUCAAAAGAAAUGAAAGAACGUAUUAUAAGUAAAUUACAAGAUAAAAAAACAUAUUUAAAGAGUGAUUUAAAAAAAUCAAAGUCUGAUUUUGUUGUUAACGACAAUGAAAAAAAAGAGCAAGAGAAAGAUAAAAAAGAUAAUGAAGAAGAAGAAGAAGAAGAAGAAUAUUAUUUUGGAAAAGAUCGUGAUGAUGAAAAUAAAAAAAAAGUUGAAGCUAUUCAAAAAGAAAUACGUGAUUUUAAAAAAGAAUUAAAAAAUGAAAAAUUUGCCAAGGAAGAAAUUGAAAGAAAAAAAAUUCAAGAUAUUGAAAAAAGUAAUAAAAAAAGUGAUAUUAAAAAUAAAUAUAUUAAAACAAAAGAAGAAUUUCUUAAAGCUAAAUCAAAAAUACCAGAAAAAGGUGUAUCACGUGAAAAAGCAACACAAGAAUUAUUAAUGAAAUUUCGUAAUAAAUUAAAAAGUGUUAAACAACAAAAUAAUAAUGAUAAUAAUGAUGAUGAGGAUAAAAAUAAUAAAAAUGAUGAUGAUGAUGAUUAUGUAUCUGGUGCUUCUUGGAUGGCAAGUGUAUUGCAUUGUGAGGAAAAAAAACAACCAGUAUUAGCCAAAGAUGCAAGUACAAAAGAUGAUGAUUGGUUUGAAAUUUAUGAUCCUCGCAAUCCAAUCAACAAACGAAGAAGAGGUGAUAAUACCACCAACUCACUCAAUAAUAAAUCAAAAAAAUCAAAUAAUAGUGCUAAAGAAACAACAACAAGAAGGGGUGGCACUCGAUAUUAAUAAUAUUAUUAAUUUUUGAUUGAGCAUGUACCUAAUAAUGAUAAUAGAAAAUAAAAUCUUUUAAAAUUAAUUUGUCAUUUCUAUAAUUUAAAUAAUAUAAUUGAAUAAAAAA